AUGAUAGAAGCCGUUGAUAGAAUACUCGUAGUUGAUGCUUCUAUUGUGACUGAUACUUCCAUUCAAAAAGAGAAUCUCAUAAGUUCUAGUUUAAAUCAACAUGGAGAAAUUAAUUUUGUUAUUGAGACAUGUGAUCAGUAUCUACACUUGCAUAAGUCUUACAUUUACCUCGAAGUAGACCUUUCCAAAUUAGAUGACACUGCUUUAGCAGAAACUGAUGAAGUCUCCUUAACUAAUAAUGCACCAAUGUUCUUGUUUGAUAGAGCAACAUAUAGUAUGGAUGGUGUUCAAGUAGAAAACAUAUGGAUCCUGGUAGAGCUAGUUUGA